AUGAAGCAUAAAGAAAAGAAGAAACACUUGGAGAGGAAGCUCUUACAAAAGCCUGCGAAAAACUCAAAAUGUAGAAGAGGAAAGUUGGAUUUCCAAAAUGUUCUGCUGAGUAGGGCCGAGGUACUGGCCCCAGCCCAAGACCACCAGGUGGAGGAUACUUCUUCUUCAUCUUUGGGGGACUUCCCCUGCCGAGGCCCAUUCCUGGAUGCAGAAUUGCAACACUCCUCAGAGGAGGAGCCUGGGACAUAUGAGGUGGUUCCAUCCUGUCUGGAUGCAGGAGAGACCUUCUCAGCCUCAGAACAGUUGCCCUGCAUUUCUUCUCCCAGCUCAUGCACUCUUGUGGACCAGGAUGGUCUUGGGUCAUCCACGGUGCUUCUAAAUCAAGAUGUGAUGGAGACAGAGAAUUCCUCCUUCACACCACAUUCUCAUGUAGCUUCUUCCUCGGCCAGUAACCCCUCCAUGUCUUCAGUAUCUACUGGAAAGAAAAGAAUAAUGAAUGUCUAUUACAAACCUGUUUUAGUAAAAAGGGGUGUGGCUGCUCUGGAGGACACAGAAGAUCUGGAGCCUCCCCCUAAGAUGAUGAGAAUAGGAACAAUUACCUGUCCUGAGAGGAUCCCUUCAAGAACCAGCCCUCCUCCUGUGCCCCUAGCAGGUAUCCAAACUGAUGGUGAGGACGGCUUGGACAUUGGAUGGCAGGAGGAAAGUGAAGUGGCUGAGAAGCCACCUGAGGAUCUGGCCCAGGAAGGAGGUCCCAGUGCCCAAACACCUGCAGGGCCAGAGGACCUGUAUAGUGGCUUUAGGUGCAUGGGCUGCUGCCAGGUCUUCCCCAGGUUGCAGAUACUCAAGAAACACCUGGAGCAUGGGGCUAAGGAGGGUGUUUCAUGUCUUAAUCUUACAUUCAGUGAACUGGAGAACAAAAGGAAGACCAGCAGGACGUCAGGGAAGGACUCAAAUAUCACAACGACCUACAAUGAUGUAGAGAUACUCUUGAGGUUCUUGGCUCUGACGGUGAAGGCCGCCACCGGGCAGCACCGCCCUUCCGGGCCCUCCUCCAGGAACCAUCGCCAGCGGAUCUUCAGCGCUUAG